AUCUCUCUAUAGUCUGCCCAUUUUCAGCUGGUACCUAGCGCCACUGCACAUUGUAGUUUACGCCAUUAAAAUAAACAAAAGACACAUGUGCUUUCGUCUCUCUCACCAAUCCCCAGUUACAUAUCUCUCAAUUUUGUCUCUCUCUACCAGAAAAUUUUCAGGGCCUAAAUGUCAUCCGAUUCGCUUCCACCUCUUCCCCAAAACCUUAUCGUACUAGGCUGUGGGCAAGUCGCAGUUGAUUUCUUGGCCACUGUGGCUUCUUUUCCUAACCCAGAUGACAAAAUCAGAAGCACUAGCUUGAAGGUUCAAGGAGGUGGGAAUGCUGGAAAUGCCUCAACCUGUGCUGCUCGUUUGGGAUUAAACCCACGUUUAAUUUCCAAGGUUUCCAAUGAUUCUCAUGGCAAGGGUAUAUUGGAGGAGCUUGAAGCUGAUGGAGUCGACACUUCAUUCUUUAUUGUUUCUGAGAAGGGUAAUUCAUCAUUUACUUAUGUUAUCGUUGACAGCCAAACGAAAACCCGCACAUGUAUCCACACCCCUGGUUAUCCACCCCUGAUACCGGAGGAACUUUCUCAGUCAAGUUUAUUAUCUGCAUUGGAUGGAGUAAAUAUGGUCUACUUUGAUGGAAGACAUCAUGAAACUGCUUUAGUUGUUGCAAAAGAGGCUGCUCGCAAGAAUAUCCCUAUAUUAGUUGAGGCUGAAAGGGAAAGGGAAGGUUUAGAUGAUCUUCUGGAUUUUGCUACUUAUGCUAUAUGCUCAGCAAAGUUUCCACAAGCAUGGACAGAAGCUCCGUCGUUUUCAAGUGCACUUAUUUCCAUGCUUUUGAGGUUGCCAAAACUAAAAUUUGUGAUUGGGACAUUGGGGGAAGAGGGAUGCAUAAUGCUAGAAAGAAGUGUAAACGGUGGUUCUGAUGCUGAAGAAAUGGAUGUUCAGUGUUUAUUGGAAUCAUUAAAGCUGAUAAAAGAUGACAGCAAGACCAUCCCAACAUGUAUUUCAUCGGUGGAAACCAAGUUGAGUGCAAAUGGGAUAGGGACAAUAACUGGCCGGUUAUUUGUGGGAACAGCUGAGAAGAUCCCACCAUCAGAACUUGUUGACACAACUGGCGCAGGAGAUGCAUUUAUUGGAGCAGUAUUAUAUGCUCUGUGUGCAGGUAUGCCACCAGAGAAGAUGUUGCCAUUUGCAGCUCAAGUGGCUGCAACUGGCUGUAGGGCUUUAGGCGCCCGUACUGGACUUCCUCUCCGUACAGAUCCACGUCUAGUGAGCUUCCUAUAGAAAGUACCCUACAAGGCAAGGCACCCCCAUGUUGUAGGAGAAGUUUGUUAUCUCAUACGUUGACAGUGAUAAAAUGAUAUCUAGACUAACAUUAAUUUGCCUGUUUUAGCCGACACAAAGACAAAUAUAAAUAAAUAAAUUAGAAAUUUAGUGA